UUUUCUGACAACGAGGCUGGAAAACCUCGCUCCCUGUUUUACUGAAAAACGUCGUGCAACGUCUUUGUAGUUACACAGACACCGGGGACGACAACAUUUCAGAUACAUGCGGCCAUAUUUGUGAUAGUUUAGAACAUGUCGCGUUCCACCAGCAUUGAUGCUAAAGUGUAUGUGGGAGACAUCUCUAGAGAUGCCUCAGAAAAAGAGCUUGAGAGAGCAUUCAGCUACUACGGACCACUGAGAAAUGUUUGGGUAGCCAGGAACCCUGCUGGAUUUGCCUUUAUUGAGUAUGAAGAUCCAAGAGAUGCCGACGAUGCAGUUCGAGGGAUGGACGGCACUACUAUCUGUGGAAGUCGUGUACGAGUAGAACAUUCUACUGGAAAAGUGCGUCCAAAACCUUGGCUACGAGCAUCUAGAGGUCCACCACGGAGCCGCCGUCCAUUCCAUCCAGAUGACAAAUGCUAUGAAUGUGGGGACCGAGGACAUUACGCAUAUGACUGUCCCAAGGUGAAUGGUAGCAGACGACCCAGUUCCUCCAGACGAUCAUCCCGAAGAUCCAGGUCAAGGUCAAGGUCGAGGUCAAGGAGUCCCCGUGGUAGGAGGAGCAGGAGCUACUCCAGGAGUCAAUCUCGCAGCCGCUCACCCAGAUACAAGAAGCGUAGCAUGUCUAGAAGCAGAACAAGGAGCCCGGUGCGUAGGUCACGAACCCCACACAGAUCAAGGAGUCGUUCUCAUGAUUGAUCCAUCAGACAGACCAGGACAUGUAUAUUAACCAAUACACACGUGACUAGGUACUGGUGUAGUUUAAAUGGACUCUUGUUCUCCGCCAGUACAUCAGGCAGUUUUACGUUUUUAUUUUACUGUCCUCAUACUAACUAUUGCAGCUCAUCUUCAAUCUUGUUUCAAUCAUUACAUCUUAUAAUUAUCAUAGAUUGAAAUUUUCUCGAAUUUUAGAUACAUUGUAUUGUUUUAAAAUUUAAUUAUUGUAUCAAGUAUAGAUGAUAUUUUCUUCAUGAAUCCAGUGUUCACUUGGUCACUUAUUGACGACUGGUAUGGUAUACUUUUUAUUUUGGCGAUCGAGACAGGUGUACACACAUCGUAAAUAUUAUGUACAUACUCAUUUAUCAUCUCAUUCCAAGUAAUUCAUCCUGCCAUACUCCCGUUUUUCACCAAUUGAACUUUGUGCUAGAACAGAAGAAUGAUGUAAGAUAUUAUAGGGAAUCCAUUGUAUAUGAUAUAUUUUGAUGUAAUAAUGUUCUCUGUGAGUGUAAAUAAAUAGAUUAAACAAUU